CACUGCCAGCCUGCCUGGGUAACUGGACUUUGCAUGGAGCUGGAAGGGUGUUUUUAAAAAGGAGGGAAGCAGAAGAGAACAGCUCAAGAAUCUUGGCUCAGCCUGGGCAUAUUUCCUCCUAACUCUGGCUAAACCUCAGCAUGAACGGCUGGACGGAGGAGUCGAUGCGAAGCCGGGGAGGGAGGCUGCAGGGCUCUCCACCAGGACUACAGCAGAGCUUGGAGAGGCUGAAACCAUGCUUUUCCUUUGGGCACUGGCAUUUAUUUUAGUCCUGCAGGAGCAAGAUCUUCUAGCUGCUGCAGACCCUGUCAGUACGUUACCUGGAAGUUUGGGAAGAGGGAGCUGGUGUAACGAACAUGAUACGAUCCACAAACGCUUAGAUAUUAUUGAAGAGAAGGUAAUAAAAACAGUGGAGCAUCUAGAAUCAGAAGUCAAAUCGCUCCUCAACAUCAUCAGUGAGACAACAUCAAAUAUCCCCAUUGCUCCAGGAACCCCACUUAUAGACAUUUUUGAUGAUACCAGCUGAGCACUGUGAAGACAGAAGACAGCUGAAUGUUAACAGUAUGGUUGUAAUAAACAGUAGGCAUUUUUGUUCAUUUAAUAAGCUUGUGUUUCCAGAAUUUGAGCAGGGAUGAACGAUCCUCAGCUGUAGUUUGCCUUCUGUGUUCCUGUGCUUUAUAAUAAACAGGUAUUUGCUUU